UAUGUUCGAAAAGUCUAUUUACACCCGGAGAAACAUCGACCGAAAUGUUUUUUGGAGAUUUGCCGCGAGACGGCGCUAGUGUCGUUGUUGAAUUGAACGAAAUGGCGCCAUUUCUGAUUCUACAACGACUGAACGGCCAUUUGCGCGGGGCGCCCCGCUGAGUGUGUUUGUGUUUGGGAGCUACAACGUCGUAAAGGUAAUUAUGACAUUGAAUAUGAUAUUUUUUGGAGAAACAACGACAUAAUUACGUAAAUAUGUCAUUGUAGUUCCAAACAUAAUAUUUGUUGAUUGUUUAAUGACAAAUAGAAGUAAAUACGUCGUUUUUCCUCCAGAUUAAUUAUUAAACUGUAGAAAAGAUGUCAUAAUUGUGUAAUUAUGUCGUUAACGCUCCAAUUAAUGAACUUAUGUAUUUUAGACAUAGACAAAGUAUUAUUGUAUAUUUAAUUGUACUAUUGUAAUACCCGUAGAAAUAUUGAUGUAACGGCGUUUAUAGCCAGGUGCACUCACUGACCGGCAAAAGAUAAGUGAGGUUAAGCUACCAGGGCGCAGUCAUACCAUUGAUACGUGGCCGUGUAGUGGUAUAUCAUUUGAGCAUCUCCUUGGUUCGGAGGGCGCGUAAAAAUUCGGUUUCAGUUGUUAUUAUCUUCAUAGCAGUUGUGAGAUAAUGUCAGAACCUAAUAUAUAUGGAGUGAUCUGAAAAAUUCUGACACAGAUUGGCCACUGACCACUCGAUAAGGCAGAUGAUUAAAUAGUUCUACGGGUAUUAUAACAGAACUUUUCGAAUUUAAUAGUGUCUGUCAUAGUUAAUACCUAUGAGAUUAACUGUAAGUACAUAAAGUUUCAGACAAUAAUAUUAUUCAAGAUGGAUAACCGUGCAAGAAGAAUGGUUAAUAGUUGUACAAUAGUACCCCCAUUUAACCCUCACGAUACUCCAGAAGUUAGGAAACGAUGUAAUGAUGAUAUAUUCAUAUCGAAAAAUAAAUUAAUUAAAAUAAAUAAUACACCAGAACACAAUUUACCUGACUUAGACAUGGGUGGAUCAAGCUUUCCUACACCUAUUCCAUCAACUUCUGUUGACAAAACACCCGAUUCACCAACUUCCGUUGACCAAACUGCGGUUCCAUCUCCUAUUUCACCAAAUGAGGUUGCCAAAACUUAUUCACCAACUUGUAAUAUACCGCCAAUGAAUGAAAAUGAAGAAGAUUUUUCUCCAGACGACAGUGGAGAUGAAUACCGCCCUGAAAAAGCUAAACGCCCAAUAAUGAAAAUAAGACAGAGAUCGUCAUCGAGUUCUUCUUCCUCAUCAUCGAGUUCUUCUUCCUCGUCAUCGAGCUCUUGUUCCUCAUCAAGUUCUACAUCUUCUGGGAACACCUCACGGCACAGUGAUUCAAUUUUGUCGCAGAAUCAACCUUUUAUUCCAAAUGAAGAAAACCAUUCCAGUGCUGUAAAUUAUAAUCAUUUUCAGGAUUCACCAGCAGAAAUUUCAGUUACCAAUAAUAUUCAAAACGAUGAACCUAAUGACAUGGAUCUAAGCCGAGCAUCACCUCCUAUGAAACCAAAAAAAAGGCAAAGAAACCCAUUGUCUUGGAAGAAAAAUAAACGUGCUCAGUUAAAGAAUUCAGGCCAGGAAUAUAUUUCUAGGACGGGCAAGACCAUUUCGGCAAAAGAGAUGAAGCCUCCUUGUUCCAACAAAUGCAGAUAUAAAUGUUCGGAACAUAUUGCAGAGGGCUAAAGAUAUGAGAUUUUCAAAAUGUAUUGGGAUUUGUCUUCGCUUCAAAGACAACGUGAUUUUUUGAAUUCUGCAAUAACUGUACUUCAGUUAGCACAAAGGCGUCUAAAAACUAAUGUAGAAAAAAACAAAAGACCGAAUACUUCCUAUUCUUUAAUAUCUAGCGGUAGGAGUGUUAGAGUAUGCAAAUUAUUUUUGUUGAAUACCUUGGGUAUUUCAGAACGUACUUUACGUACAGUCGUUGAAGCUAAGACCAAUAUUGAUUCCAACGGAGUAGCACCAAUUGACAAACGUGGUCGUCAUGAAAAUCAUAAAAAAACCUGUUCUGAGGUACAAGAGUCUGUUCGAAUUCAUAUUAAUUCAAUAAGUAGAAUUGAAAGUCACUAUCUCCGUGCCAAUACUAAUAGAGAAUUUAUUGAUGGUGGCUUAAGUAUUGCUGAUCUACAUCGUGACUAUAAAAGAAUAAGGGAAUUAGAAAACAAAGAGGCUGCAACUUACGAUUCAUACUUUCGCACAUUUAAUACCGAGUUUAAUAUUUCUUUUUUUACUCCAAAAAAAGACCAAUGUGAUGUCUGUGAACAAUAUAAAAAUGCUGUUGGAGAGGAUAAAGAGAAACUAGAAUCUAACUAUACAGAACAUUGCCGGCAGAAACUACUCAGUCGAAUGGAAAAGAAGACUGACAUAGAAUUAAGUAGAAAUAGGGACAGUAAUGAGAUAGUCGCAAUUUAUGAUCUUCAAGCAGUUAUGCCGGUGCCAGUUGGCGAGUCGUCAUCUUUUUAUUAUAAGUCUAAAUUGAACUGUUUCAACUUGACAGUGACAGAUAUAAAAGAAGACCAAACUUAUUGUUACUUUUGGCAUGAAGCUAUGGGAAGUAGAGGAGCAACGGAAAUCGGUUCCUGUAUUUUGAAAUACCUACGACAACUAGCUGUUAAUCAUCCUGGCAGUAACAUAACAUUUUAUACUGACAAUUGUGGUGGUCAACAAAAGAACAGAUUUAUAUUUUCUUUGUAUUUGUAUGCCGUCAAAACUCUUGCCGUCAAUAAAAUUACACAUAAAUUUUUAAUUAGAGGUCAUACACAAAAUGAAGGCGAUACUGCUCACUCUAUAAUUGAAAAGGCUAUAAAGAAAGCUAAAAAAUCUGGUGCUAUUUACGUGCCAGAUCAGUAUGUCCAAAUAAUAAGGUCUGCAAAGAAAAAAGGUAACCAGUUUAUUGUUGAAGAACUAAAUUUCGAUGAUUUUUAUGACGUCAAAAAAUUAACGGACGAGAUUGAACUUAACACUUUCAAAGAUGUGGAAGGGAAUACGAUAAAAACUUCGGAUAUAAGGGCAAUAGAAUUCAGAAAAGAUAAUGAUGCAGUAUACAGGUAUAAACUUAAGUAUGACGAUAACUGGAUUGAAGCUGAAAUUAAAAAAAAGAGCCAAAGAUCUACAAGCCAAAGAAUAACUAGAGACAUACGUGAUAUAAUUGUGACGCCGGUAUAUAAUUCAAGAAGAGAUAUUCCUGUUAAAAAGAAAAAUGAUUUAAAAGAGCUCUUACAGAAAAACAUUAUUCCUCGGUAUUACUCCACCUUUUACGAUAGUAUUUUUUAAUAUAUUUUACUCCUUUAUUAUUAUAAUUUCAUAUUAUUCGUUAAUAGUAGAUUAUAAGAUAAAAGUAGAUAAGCAAUUAAGCUGUGAUUUUAGUGCCAUUACGUCCUACACAUUGUGAUUUUAAUGACUAAGAAUUUCGUUGUUUUAAGGUGUUAGCUGUUUUAAAUAUUUCAAUAAGUACCUGGUAGAAUAGAAAUUACCUACCUACCUUUUGAACUGAUUUUAAACAUACAUAAAUAAAUAUUGACGUUGAUUUAUUAAUCUAUUUAGUUUUAUUUUGUCACAAAUGUAAAAUCCCAUAGCGCAUGCAAUAUUUCUUAAAUUGAAUUCUGAAGAAACAGUGACGUAUUUACAUACACGUCAUUUUAUUCAUGCCUGUAAUUUAGGUAAUACAUAAUGCACGGAAACCAUUGAGGCUCUAAUAGAAUCAACACAAAUGAAACUUACUUUUAAAAUGAUUCAGAUUAUAAUGAGUCUCCCCAAAAUGCCAUACAUCGAAUACAAAUCUUUAAUCGGCUCUCCUUUAAAAAUUGUUAAAGUGUAAUUACGCCAUUGUUGCACCAAAUGAGUGAUGUAGAAACAAAUAGGUAGCUUUUAGAAUCAAUGAAGAAUAUGUGAAGGAUUUCAUUUUACUAUAGAUUUUGUUAUAAUAGUUAAAUCAUAGAUUCGUAAAGAACUAGGAAGUUCGCAUAAUACAUUGGCCCACUAUUGAUUUUUUACAGCUGUCAAAAAAGUGUGAAUGACCUUGCCAUUUGAAACAUUGUAAUUUCGUUUUAACUAUUAAUAAAUGGACAAAUCGAAGCCAUUACACUAUUUUGUAACAACUAUACUACAUAAGGACUUAAUCUGAGAUUACAGUGAUAAGGAAGAUAACCUAAAAUUCUAAUAAUUUUACGACGUACUGGUUGAAAGGAAAUCAAUAAAAGUAUUAAAUGAGUAAAUUGGACGAAUAGCUGACUAUUACAUGCUUCCCAAUUAACUUUUUUAUUCAUAAUCGGCGAACAAUAACAAAAAUAAUCAAUAAAACGUGCUGACAUGAAAAAUGACGUUUUUAUUUUUAUCUUUUUACUAUUGGAUACAAAAAUGUGAAAAUGACAAUUUUCUUUUAAUUUGAAAUAGACAUUUUCCUUCAUAUAGGAUAAAUAUUAUUGAUCAUUUUCAUGAGAUGAAAUUUUACGGGAAAUUUGACAUUACGUAACUAAAGUGACAGGGAUGGCGAUUCAAGUAAAACUUGUACUGAAAAUAUAAG